AUGUUCAAGAAUUGCCUGGAGAAAUGCUGGGAUAUUUGCCUUAGGGACAAACCGUCCAUCACCAUCGGCUCCAUCUUCUUCAUCUUCUCGAUCUACUGCGGUGCGCUGGUUUGCUCCACGCUGGAGCCCAAGGUCCCCCAGAUUGUCCCAUUGAUACUUGGUUGUGUCGUCUCCCACCUCACGUACUUGUUUUUAAUCCCCACCGUCCGCGACGGUGACGGGUCGCUUCCUCACGGGAAAGUGGUGCUUGCGGUCGCUCUCUGGCUCUCGGUUGCUGGCACCACUCCCCUCCUCCGACUUUUCGACGUCACGGAUGAUCAGGUCUACGAGCGGACGAUCCAAAUAAUCUUGGUCUUCAAUGCCAUCAUUGCUCAGGUAUGCGGGGGUUUGAUUCCAUUGCGACGUGAUCUGAAGAAGAAAGCUGACGUGGGAAACUACCUCAAGGAUGUUAUGGCCAUCUGGCUCCUCUUUCAGGCGUGGUUCAAACACCCCCAGUGGUGGUUCAUCGGGAUGGUGAUCUUGCAGCUCGGCGUCUUUGCAGUGGGAGCCUACUCGCUGGUCAAGACCUCCUCGAGCAUCGCAUGGAUCAUCAGCCCGGUGCUUCUGCUGGUGUAUUCUGUAUUGAUGGUCCACCUCUACCACCGCUUUGGCAGGUUCGACGAGCCGAACGGCGGAAACGCAGACAACUUCACCAGCACCAGACGUCGCUGGAUACAGCGAGCAAUACAAGAUCCCGCAGUCUCUUUCUUGGCUCGUUUUUUCUGGCUCAAGAGGGCAGCACCUCUCAUGACGUUGGUCCGGGUCGUCGUGGCAUUUACCUUGCUGUCAGCGGCCCUGGUGACGUGGGGUAUCAUCGAGGACUGGAAACAUAUCUUCUACCCACAACUCUUUUUUUUGUUGUUUCCCUCCCUUUGUCCCUCUCUUUGGUACGCCCUGAGAGUCAUCAAAACAUCCCGAUGCCACGCCCAAGGAUGUCAAGACGAAGAGGGAGGAAUAGAAGUCGCGAGAACAGGACCCAGACCCCUUUCUGGCGACAUUAAGAAGGGGAUCCAUCUGGAGCAGCCUGGACCUACUGGCACGUCGCCAUCCUGGAACCAUCAGGAACACCAAAGUGUAGGAAGACCGGAAAACACUUAUCAACGCUCAAACCCUGGCGGGUCAGGACUUCGACAGAGUCGUUCAACACAUACCAAUUCACUCCCACCACCACCGCCUCCGUCGCCCGCCACUGUCGAUGUUGAAUUUGGAGACAAAAGGUCGGGGAAAAGGUUGGAGCGCACAGAUAGUCGGGCGCCAUUGGUUCCCAAGAACUAA